AUGCAAAAUUCACUUAAAGUAAUUGUUACCUUUUAUUUGGUUUUGCAAUUGAACUGGAAUAUUCAUGUUAACGGCGAUUCGGACAAUGAAUGUAAACAGCUUUUCGACAUUAUCUUCUGUAUCGACGGCUCUGACAGCAUCAACAAAGUGGACUUUGAUACUUUACGCUUGGCCAUGGAAGGGUUGGUAGAUCGACUUAAUAUUGGAGAGGGUAACGGAAGGAUGGGAAUGGUGGUUUAUAGCCGGGAUAUAGCUUUGGAAGUGCCACUAUCAGAUGACAAGGAAUACCUUAGAAGGCAAGCCCAAACGAUGCCUCAUCCAAGGGAGGGAACGAACACAGAUAAGGGGAUCGAGAAAAUGAGGGAAAUCUUCGGGAGGAAUCCUAGAGGGGAUGUGCCGAUGGUGGGAAUCGUUGUGACGGACGGUAUCUCUAAAGAUCCACCUCAGACUGCAAUGCAAGCGUCUCUGGCUAAGGAGUAUGGAAUUAACAUGUACUCUGUUGGUGUCACUCACUUAACAGAUAUUGUUGAACUUAACGCCAUUGCAUCCAGACCAUCACAAGUCCUCACUGUUGAAUCUUUUGAUAUGUUGGCUAGGAAUCUAGAGGACAUCGUAAAGCUAGUUUGUCCUACAACCACCACCACCACCACAACAACAACAACCACUACCACAACAACAACAACAACCACUCCGCCUACAACCACCACCACCCCAACAACGACAACAACAACACCGACUACGACAACAACAACACCGACUACGACUACUACCAUCCCAACAACGACAACAACAACACCUACUACGACUACAAUACUACCACCCAAACCACCCGUUAAUCCAGGACCAGAUCCGCGCAUCUGUAACGACUGUAAAAUGAAAAACGGUGAGGGAUUCCACCGUCAUCCUGAGGACUGUGAUAAAUACAUCCAAUGUUAUUUCGGAUAUGACGGUAAAGUUCAAGCGGUUUACAGACAGUGUCCAUUUGGAAUGUAUUGGGACCAGGAGGAAAUCAGAUGUAGAAAUGCAGCAGAAGUGCCUUGUCCAAAAGAUAAAUGUUCCAUACCAAGUAUACUGUCUUACCCAUUUGGUCAUAUGGAGAACUGUAAAGCCCAUUGGAUCUGCAGCCAUGGUAAAUCAGUGCCAAUGUGUUGUCCCGUCGGGUACGGCUAUGUUCCUUUUAAAGGUUGCAUUCCUCAACCUGACUGUAAAGAUCCUUGUCCACUGCAAGAAAAGAAAGAGAAAAAUGAAUGUAACAAACGGAUGAGUUUUGCCGAACUCGAUAAAUACGAGGAAUUUGUCUAUGGUUAUGGAUGGGUGAAAAAAUGCUGCAAGCCAGGGAAUAUCUUUGACAGUGAAUCGUGUCAGUGCCUACCAUUAAACAGUGGCAAAAUUCAUCAAACAGAUGACCAAAAAGACAAAGUAUGUAAAGCAGUCGUACACAUUCCGUUCGACAACAACUGCUUGGAUACAUCUGGUAACCAUGUUCUAGUCGAAAAUCACAACGUCCAACUUAUUGGAAAUGGUCUUGGAUACUUUGAUGGGAACGCUAAGCUGACUAUCCCAAAAUUUCCCGAGAUGCAAUCGGCUUCUACAUUUGUUAUAAAGAUGCGCUAUCUAGACAUUCCGAGUAAACACAUGGAAGGUCUGAUCAGCAACGGUGACUGUGAAAAAGAACAACCAACUAUGUUUAUGAUAAAAGGACGAAGAGGCAUAAACUUCAUGGCAGAAAGCGAAAAGCAUAAAAUUACAACUUUCCAUUUACCUGCCAAGUCUUCUUGCUGGAACGAAGCUUAUUUCAUCCACGAUUUGAAUACUCUGGAGGGCUAUGUUAACGGCAAAAGUUGUAAAAGAUGGACUUACGGACCAAUCAAAAUGGCUCACGGAGGGCUGAACAUAGGAGCUGUAAAGGGCUUCCAAAACUUUCAAGGAUUUAUGGACUACGUAACAAUCUACUAUUGUCAUGAGGAAAAAAAAUAUUGAUCCCUUCCUGGAGGAAAUCCACAAGCAAUACUGUGAUAAAGACAAUUCUAUUUUAAUGCUGACAGUAGCCAUUAAAUGGCAUUUUAUUUAAAUUCGUUAAUUUAUUGCAAUAAAUUAAGCUUGUUCGUUGUUGUUGGGGUUUAAAAUAAAAAAAGAAACUCCUCUAA